UUCAUUGCGUUCCUUUUAUAAAUAUUCAACUGGGGACUCAUUGUAGACGAUACUUUUGCGUGCUUACGUAGAAGUAGGUGUAUAAAGUAGUUGGUACUAACGGGCCUGCCAGAGGCACCCGAGAGAGACAGAGACAGGCAGAAAAGAGGAGUGAUUAUAUUGUUGUCAUCGCCGGCAGUUGUUUGCAAUUGCAUGAAGAUGGCGGCUGCUGGAGACGUCAUGAUCCCCGAUCAGGAAAAAGUCAGGAUAGUUUCAAAUUUUAUUCUUCACUCGCCUCCUGGUGAAUUUAACGAGGUCUUCAACGACGUGCGCGCACUGCUCAACAAUGACAAUCUGCUCAAAGAAGGUGCAUCUGGUGCUUUUGCCUCCUACAACAAAGAUCAGCUCAUGUCCGUGAAGAUUGAAGGUAGUGACUAUCCAGUUCUUAUAACAGAAUAUAAUGACUUGGGUAAUCAACGAUUUUAUGAUCCAAGAAGCAAACAAAGUUUCAAAUAUGACCAUUUAAGAAAAGAAGCUCAGGAUUAUGAACCAUAUGAGCAAGAUCCAGCAUUGGAACUAUGGCGGAGUGCUUUACAAGAUGAAAUUGUUACUUACACACAAAAUCAUUAUAGACAUGGUGCUUGCUCUGUUUUUGCUAAAAGUCAAGGCGAGAGUAUAGCUCUUAUUGCCUGCAUAGAAGAUCAUCAAUUUCAACCUAAAAACUUUUGGAAUGGGCGCUGGCGUUCUGUAUGGACUGUAAAUUUCAAUACAAACUCUAGUAUUGCAGAAUUGAAGGGGAGCUUGAAAGUUCAGGUUCAUUAUUAUGAAGAUGGUAAUGUGCAAUUAGUUAGCAGCAAAGAAGUGAAAGAAAGCUUGCCUAUAUCUUCGGAAAAACAAACUGCAAAAGAAUUUAUUAAAUUUGUGCAAGACGCUGAAAAUGACUAUCAAACUGCUAUAUCUGAAAAUUAUCAAACUAUGUCUGACACUACAUUUAAGGCACUGAGAAGGCAAUUACCUGUUAUGAGAACAAAAAUUGAUUGGAAUAAGAUUGUAUCAUACAGUAUUGGAAAAGAGCUCAAAAGUCAAUAGUUUUUAAAAAAUUUUAAAGUUAUUAGAAAAUAUCUUAACAAUUGUAAGAAAAUUUAUGUCAUUCUAC